CAGAAGAACAAUAACAAACCAGGCAGAAAACCAACGAAGAAGAAAAGCUCCACCACCACCACCAGAGGAAGGAAACAAUCCACAGGAAAAGGAAACAACUCUGCUGACAGUAAAAGUGUUUCUAGCCAGGUAUCAUCGGCCCCUAAGUGGUGGGGUCGCCCCAAGGGAAGCAAAAACAAACCCAAGAUAAGUCUACAACUCUCCAGCGCCAUCUUGAGGCCUGACGAGGUAAAACAAGAGGUGAAACAAGAGAUGGACGAGCUGCCUAUCCGGACAAAAAUUGAACACUGGUUGAACUCUGUGAAGCCAGAGAGCUACGACCCAGAGAUGGGUAACACCAAGGGACCUCCUACAGAGAGCGACCCCAAGACAGAUGCACAUCACCUGGGUAUCAAGGCAGAGGAUGCCCCCCUGUACUUCCAAGAUGGAAGGAGACGCCUGCGGUCGGCUAACAGCCAGCCGUUCAAUCUGACUGCAUUCCGGUCCGACCCAGAAUGGCGGCCUCGCAACCAGAAGGUCCGCCGGUUUCCGUGCCCAGAUUGUGGACGGAAGUUCUUCUCCAAAACCACGCUGGAGUUCCACUCCCGGAUCCACACACAGUACCGGCCGUACUCCUGCGAGGUGUGCCACAAGACGUUCUCCUGGAAAGCCACCUUGGACGACCAAUCCACGAUGCGGAACGUCCUUUUUUUUUUUUUUUUUGCCCCCAGUGUGGCAGGACCUUCACGUUCAAAUCCAACCUGACCCGCCACAUGCGGUUCCACAGUGAUGCGCGGCCCUACGUCUGCCUCCAGUGCGGCCAAGGCUUCAAGAUCUCCGCCCACCUGAAGCGCCACAUGAUGGCCCACAGUGGGUGUAAACUGUACGUGUGCCCGGAGUGUGGCCAGAGUUACAUGAGUCUGAAGUAUCACUGGCUGAGCCACACCGGCGAGCGCCCGCUGUCCUGCCCAGAAUGUCCCAUGACCUUUGCCCGGCCACACACCCUAAUGAUCCACCGGCGACAACACACCGGGGAGACGCCGUUCUCUUGCCAGGACGGUGGGAAGAGGUUCAAACAGCGGUGCCAACUGAAAGACCACGUCAGAAGGAAACACACAGGGGAGAAACCAUACAAAUGCUCUGAGUGUGACAAGUGCUUUGUCACUUCGGCGUCCCGUAAUGCACACAUGGUUGCCCACACCGGAGAGAAGCCGUACAAAUGCAUGGAGUGUGGUAAGAGCUACAGUCAGAGUGGGAAUCUAACGCAGCACAUGAGGAAACACACAGGGGAGAAACCAUACAAAUGCUCUGAGUGCGACAAGUGCUUUGUCAAUUCUACGUUGCGUAAAGUGCACAUGGUUGUCCACACAGGGGAGAAGCCGUACAAAUGCACGCAGUGCGGUAAGAGCUACAGUCAAACUGGCUCCCUGAAGAGGCACAGGUGUAAGAAGAAACCCAGGUGAGAGGAACCUCCGGCGUACAUCCCAAAUGCCUCCCUAUUCCCUAUAAAGUGCACUGGUCCAAAGUAGUGCACUAUAUGGAAUAGGAUGCCAUUUGGGACACCGUCCCGGUGUUCUCAAGUGUCGGAACUGGAGAGCAAUGGAGAGUCGAUCCUUAAAAUGUAGCACAGCUGAAAGGAACCCGGUUAUAGGAUUCUCCGGUGUUCUGAGUAGGGAAACUGGACUUUGUUUAUAGAUGACUUAAAAAGGGACAAUCUGUGAUUGGUACAUACAUUUUUGGACUUUUUGGACAUGUAGCCAUUGAUUCUUGAAAAAUAUCAUGUAUAACUGCCUCAUGAACUUACUGCAGUUAAACUGUCUUACCCCAGUAGAACUCAAAAUAUAAGAUCACCUGACCAGGGAAAUCUCUAGGCCUCUUACCUCUUCUAUCAAUUAUUUAACCCUCAAAUGAAAUCAACCACUUUCACUGUGAUGCAGUUUAACUUACCUGAUGUGAGCUAGAGGGGAGACCAGCUAGAGGGGAGACCAGCUAGAGGGGAGACCAGCUAGAGGGGAGACCAGCUAGAGGGGAGACCAGCGGAGGACCUACUGAAGGACAACAGUCAACUGCUACAACUAAUCAGUACCUGCAGGGGCAGAUAUCAUGUCUUCAACAAGGAGAAAGGUGACCACACUCAGGUCACAGAGCUGCUGGAGAAGAGAGAGGAGAUGGAGGAGAGCAAUGGUGGAAACCACUUCAAUGUCAACACACCCAGUAAGGGAGAAAGAAGGGUCUGGUGGUCACCAUGGUGAUGUUAGUGGCAGUUGGAGCUGUGUUCAAAUUGAUCAUUGAUGACUUAUGGAGCAAAAUACAAGAUGGUGAUGUGAAAAUCAAUACAUUAUGACUACAUUGAAUUACAGAGCUUUGAUCUAAGUUUUGGUUCGACUCAUUGUUGACUUUUAUUUACUCCCAUUUUAUGUGAGUGUGAAUGAUGGUCAUAUGUCAUUAAGGAGAUACAGAAUUCUCAAAACAUUCUGCAUUGUUGUCCAACACAUUUGUAACAAAUCAUGAAAUAAAUUGAGAUUUUUUUAA